AUGCAUAAUGCGCACUUCAGCAGCUGGCCUCCGCGGAUGCCGACCUCUCCAGGCUCAAACAUGCUGAUCAACUCCUUCGGCGAUCUCCAUCAAUCCAGGGCAACAACAACUACGACUACUACUACGACUUCUACUACGCCCAACAAUACUCCACAGCCACAGCCAUUAUCCUCCACAGCUACAGCCUCAACCUCCUCGGAUGUCCCUCCUUCGCUUCCUCCACGUCCUCCUCACGCUCGCUCUCUCUCUCAUUCUCCUUUCUUAUCGCAGUCUCGACCUGAAGACGCUCCUGCUCCAGCCCCCACCAGCUUCCCCUCGGGAACUGACCCCGUAUCGACCACAGCCCAACAAUCUGCAACACGUCCACCACGACCCUUCUCUGCGAACUCGAUUAGAACAGACCUCGCCACCCUUAGUAGAACCAUCCCUGGCGCUUUCCUGAGCUCACCCACAUCCACAUCCAUUCCAGGGGCCAGCUAUGCCCCACACUAUGCCUCACCUUCGCCCUCCCCUGCCUUUCAUUUUUCUCUAGUCAACAAUGGAGAGGGACCUGUGAACGAUGCUACAACCCGGAACUAUCUUGUCGCAGGCGACUACUGUUCAGACCCCCCAACUUCCGUAGAAGCAAUCGCCAGGAGCAACAACAGCAGCAAUGGCAGCGCCGUCAGCAAGGUCUCAAAGACAAAUAAUGAGCUGAUGCGGCCUAUCUUUCAUCCGUUUACAAACAUGAGCAUGACGCAACCUGGACGCUCCUUAUCCUUCAAUGGGCCAGCCACCAGCAGCAACAACAGUAAUAGUAAUCCCAGCAGUAUCCGCUUCGCUACACAUUCCCCCAAGGUGCCACCUGCCAUACCCUCCGCGGAAGGGAGCACUGGUCAUUCCUCAUUAUCGGGCACCCUCAAGAAAAGCCAGACAGUGGGCAAACCCGCCAAGAAGGGUAUCAAGAAUCGGUUCAAAAAACUCCGACGCAGACAAGGGUCAAGUUCACGGGAUUCUAACGGAGCAAAUGCAUUCAUCACCAGUGGUGAGAGUGACUCUGAGGCUGCCUUAGAACCCGACCACGACAUCAUGUUCAACACUGGGGGACUAGCCUACAAACUUGGGCCGUCCGCAACAGGCAGCAGCAAAUCAUCCCUGUCUUUACGAUCGAAACUGACCCAAAACGACUCUGGUCUGCCACCACAACUCCCACCUCGCAACGGCUCCGGCAGUACCAACUAUAAUCCCAUCAGUAGCAUAGGAUAUGGCAAGGGGAGUCUAUCUGGGCCAGAGCAAGGACAUGAGACCCACAAGGAAUCGUCAGCAGCUCGAUUUAAGGACUUGUUCAAGAAUGUAGGUCUCUCCAACCAACACUCCGCAGGACCCGCCUCGACUAUCCCAUCGACCACUGAACAUCAUAGUCCCAUUAUCGGCCCUUCAAAGGCGAUCCAGUCCCGCAGUGCGUUUUAUGCGCUUGGCGAGUUUCUGUCGGGUGAUGACCAGCCUGCUGCCUCAAAGGGUUUCCGACUUAAGGGAUCAGGGAAACGUAAGAAACGAUUCACGAAAAAGUCGCAUACUGCUGCAGGAGUGUUCGCUACCUUUGCGCCGGUCGCCACGGACGACGAGGAUUCUUCAGCGUCAAAAUCAGGUCGUUUACAGCUCCAUAACCACAGCAUUCUGCAUCACUUGCACCAUCGUCAUCGUAGCCGGUCUACGGGCGAAGAGGGCCGUGGUCAGGUACCGUUGGCUUGGAGACAAGGACCAGCCUUAUCCGCUGCUCUAAAAGAGGCUCGAAAUGUGAGGCCGGAUCCAAAUCUGCUCCUUGUCGAGUUGGAACCACUACCCACCGAUUUUGUGAACGCAUUCACGGCACUUUCAGCAUCCAGGGCUCAGCAUCCACAGGGACCCCUGACCACACACAUUACGCCGUCAUUAACAGUCAAUUCUGGAUUCGCGCAUCUGCUCGCCGGACCGAUCGGAACCUUUACGAACCAUCAGAGUAACGCGUCUCUCAUCCGACCUGUGGCGAAAUGCUCAGAUACGAUCAACACAAAGACCUUCCUCUUCAAGUUUUACCAAAACUCAAGAUUUCAAGGACAUUACGUCUUCCGUGUGGUUGAGGAUCGUGUCGAAUACAAGAUUUUGCCUUCUGCAUUGGAACAGGCCUGCUCACAAUACUUUCGCGAGGCCUACGUGACCUAUCGAGCACUCGAGAACAAGGCCAAGACUCUGAAGGAAGAGCGCGCACGGAGACGGAUCAAUCUGUUCUGGGCCGAGGGUCCGGAGAGCGCUGGAGUUGCAGCCAAGAUUGAACGCAGGGGAUCUGACUCUGGCCCUGGCAGCAAGAUUCAAAACUCUGCGGUCGCAUGGGACCAAAUGGCAUUGACAGAUGCCGCCACCACACUGAGUGAGAGCUCGGUCGGAACACCGAAUCCGCAAGGAAGGCGAACACCUGAACAAAUGGAUCAACGGAGUAAUACUGGAAGCAGCUAUAGUCCGAUAUUCAAGGCUUUUACCAGACCUACGGAUCGAUCUAGCAGUGCCCCCGUGGAAAGAAACGGCGCGAUGGUGUAUAACAGCGCUGUGUCGCAACCAGGUUCACAGCGUUCGGCGUUGUACCACAGUAGACGACGAUCGUGGUCGAGCAUCAAUGACCAGCAGCGUCUUGACCAGCAACAGCAACAUCAGGCAAUGGAAGAUGCAUAUUGGAGAGAGAUGGAGCGAAAGUAUCGUGAGGAAUUCAAACAGGCGACCUAUGGGCUGGAGCUGUAUCUAAACGAGAUCAUCAAGGGCCAAGAGUACGAGCGAUUCGACUCUUCAGCCGCAGUGAGUAUCGCAAACGAAAACAGGAACACGGCAGUAUUUUCUAUCAUUAACGGCGACAGAACAAAUGUGAUGUGGCUAGAAUCGCCUUCUGCGAAACUGAAGAACGAGUUUUUGAACUGGAUUGCCAUUGCUACUAUGGACCAUAGACAACCCGAACCUGAACCUGAGCAGGAGACGACGUCUGUCUAUCAAUCCAAGUUGAUCAAUAAGGCGCGCCAUGUCAUGUUCAUGGACUUUGAACGGGACGACAGCGAGGAUGCCGGGGAGAAGACAGACUUGCUGCUUGACAUGAUCGGUAUUCGACUCGCUCAACAGGAAGAAAAGCUAAUGUCAAUGCGCAAUGCUAUUCAAAAUACCAUGUGGCAGAUCAAAGAUUGUCUUGAAAGGCUGGACCAUUUGGACGAAGGCGCUAAGAAACGAAUGACGGAGAUGAUCAGAGCUACCGAUAGUCAAGAGGUGCAGCUGGCACUAAGGCCUUCCCCAUCGACUAAUUUGACCUUGGCAGAGACGGUCGACUGGAAACUGAGGGACGUUCAAGAACGAAUCCUGGUCUGUGCACGAAUCAUGAACGCUGCGCGAUACAAUUUGAACCGCCUUCGCUACGAAAUCGAACUCGAACAACGGUCGAUCCGGUUGUUUCGACAGUACAAAAUCAUCAUUGCAGUCGUCUCGAUUUCGGUGGUCUUGCUGGCCUGGUUCCUAUACCAUUCACGCGCGAACGCGUCGAACCCUCAGUCCCCAUCCCCACUGUUUCCCACCACGGUCAAUCCCUUCGAAGCCGGGGACAGCCACCUUCAUCCUGGCGAACAUCUCACCUUGACAUCACCUGUUAUUCCAACCCUAGAGCAGACGUCUAAACAGAACAUUGUGAAUACUCAAGAACGAGAGGAUCCUGUUCUGGUGAAAGUCACCCCUACGAAGGUGCUUUCGGGCACUCCAGUGACCCAUGAGGACAAUGACGAUGAGAUACCACUCAGGAAAAGCGAGACUGCCCUCACACAACUUUCGUCUGCAUCGCCUACAUUGCUUGGAUCGUUGUUAACUGAAGUAACUAAGGAGGACGAGGACGAAGAUGGGUUCAGAUCAAAGCAAGAGACAACUGUACACAGCACUCCUUCUGCACGGCCGCGACAGGACCCCAUGUGA